AUGGCACACCCUCGCAUCGUCGUCGUCGGAGGCAGCGGCAAAGUCGCCCUGCGCUUCACCCACCUCGCCCGCUCGUCUUACACCGUCUCGUCCCUCGUCCGCAACGAGUCCCACUUCGGCGCCAUCCAGGACGCCGGUGGCACGCCCAGGCUGCUCAGUAUCGAGGAUGCAACGGUGGGCGAUCUCAAGAGCGAGUUUGAGGGCGCGAGGGGUGUGCUCUUCGCUGCGGGAGCAGGAGGGAAGGGUGGAAAGGACAGGACGAGGAAAGUCGACGAGGAGGGCGCGAUCAAGGUCUUCGACGCCAUCGAGCAGCUGAACGGUCCAAAGCCCUACCUCGUCCUCAUCGGCGCACUCGACACCCGCGACACGAGCAAGCCGCCGCCCGCUCACUACACUCACGAGGACAUCGACGGAUCGAAGAAAGCUCACGAAGCCAUCGGCGCAUACUACGACGCCAAGCUCGCCGCAGACCAGAACCUCUCGCGCCGCACCACGUUUCCCUGGACGAUCCUCCGCCCUGGACACUUGUUGGACGACGAGCCCACGGGGUGGGUGACGGCUGGCAAGACGGGGAUGGGAGGGGUGACUCGCGCAGACGUCGCCUCGUCCCUCCUCGCACUCUUCAACCUCGCCCUCUCGCCCUCUUCUUCCUCCGCUCCGAAAGCUGCAGGACUCGCAAUCGACCUCAUCCAGGGGAAGGAGACGGACGAGCCGGUGGAGGAGGCGAUCAGGGAGGCGGUUCAGAGGGGAGAGAGUAGUCUCGAGUGA